AUGAUCCGCUCGUUCAUAUCCGGGUCCCCGGGCGGCUCCCCCGGGCCGCGCUCGGCCGCGCUCCGGCCGGCUCAGAAGAUCGCGCUGGUGACUCUGGAGAACGGCCGGCACCACGCCAUCGCGGGUGGCGAGAGAGUGCCGCGGGCCCACGGCCGGCGGGCACGCUGGGCGGGGGCAACUUGGCUACACAUGACGGCUCGGCCGCAGCUGAGCGACGGCAAGGAGGGAGCCCCGCCGCCCGCCCCGCCGGCCGAUGCCACCGCCGCGGGGGACGAGGAGCCGAGCGGCCCCGCGAGGGACGAGGAAGCCGGAGACGGCCCGCGGGUCCCGCGGAGCGGCCCGCAAGAGCGGCGCGGCGGAGGGACCGCGCACCCCCGCGCGCCCCGGCCGCCGCCCCGCGCCCGGCGCCCGGCGCGGACGUGGCGACCCCCGGAGGAAGGGGGACACCCGCGGGCAUGGGCCAUGGCAGCGGCGGGAGCCGACCGGAAGGGGCGGCCUGGCGGCGGCCCGGCGGUGAACCCGGGCGCCAUGCACCACCAGCGGGUGCUGAUCAACAUCUCCGGGCUGCGCUUCGAGACCCAGCUGGGCACCCUCAAUCAGUUCCCCGACACGCUGCUGGGGGACCCGGACAAGCGCAUCCGCUACUUCGACCCGCUCCGCAACGAGUACUUCUUCGACCGCAACCGGCCCAGCUUUGACGGCAUCCUAUACUUCUACCAGUCCGGGGGAAAGCUCCGACGGCCCGUCAAUGUCUCCAUCGAUGUCUUCGCCGACGAGAUCCGCUUCUACCAGCUGGGUGAGGAGGCCAUGGAGCGCUUCCGGGAGGACGAGGGCUUCAUCAAAGAGGAGGAGAAGCCCCUGCCCCGCAAUGAGUUCCAGCGCCAGGUCUGGCUCAUCUUUGAGUACCCCGAAAGCUCCAGCUCAGCCCGGGCCAUCGCCAUCGUCUCCGUGCUGGUCAUCCUCAUCUCCAUCAUCACUUUCUGCCUGGAGACCUUGCCCGAGUUCAGGGACGAGAGGGAGUUGCCUGUGCCCCUGCCCCCACAAGGUGGAGGUUUGAAUGGCACCACCGGGGACUCCCCACCCAUGCAGCCCCCCAGCAGCCUGGCUGACCCCUUCUUCAUCAUCGAGACCACUUGCGUGAUCUGGUUCACCUUCGAGCUCCUCGUGCGCUUCUUCGCCUGCCCCAGCAAGCCCGAGUUCUCCCGCAACAUCAUGAACAUCAUCGACAUCGUGGCCAUCAUCCCCUACUUCAUCACCCUGGGCACCGAGCUGGCCCACGAGCAGCAGCAGCCUGGGGCUGGCAGCAGCAAUGGGGGAGGGGGCCAGCAGCAAGCCAUGUCCCUGGCCAUCCUCAGGGUCAUCCGUCUGGUCAGAGUCUUCAGGAUCUUCAAGCUCUCCAGACACUCCAAGGGGCUUCAGAUCUUGGGACAGACUUUGAAAGCCAGCAUGAGGGAGCUGGGCCUCCUCAUCUUCUUCCUCUUCAUCGGGGUGAUCCUCUUCUCCAGCGCUGUCUACUUUGCUGAGGCCGAUGACCCCGAGUCUCAUUUCUCCAGCAUCCCUGAUGCUUUCUGGUGGGCAGUGGUAACCAUGACUACUGUGGGCUACGGGGACAUGAGACCUGUCACUGUGGGGGGCAAGAUUGUGGGCUCCUUGUGUGCCAUUGCAGGUGUGCUCACCAUCGCCCUCCCCGUCCCUGUCAUUGUGUCCAACUUCAACUACUUCUACCACCGAGAGACUGAUCACGAAGAGCAAUCUAUCCUCAAAGAUGAGCACAGUAGUGCUCAGGGCAGCACAGCGGGGGCAGAUGCGAAGAGAAGACCCAGUACAAACUCUCUGAACAAAUCUGUUGUGCACUUGGAAAACAGUGAGGAGUUCAACAAUGGCACCAGCUCCAUAGAAAAAGCCACUAUCAAGGCGAAGAGCAAUGUAGAUCUCAGAAAAUCCCUCUAUGCUCUCUGUCUGGACACCAAUAGGGAAACAGACCUGUAAGGAGAGGAGAGAGUUAGAGUUCAGAGAUGUAGAAAGAUUUACUGGUGUCAGAAACUUGCUACUAUAAUUAUUCUUUUAGUACCAAUUAGUUUUUUAAGUCAGGCUGUAUUUUCUAAACUGAUCACUGUCCUGAGCAGUCCUCCAGGAAUACAUGUUUUUAUGUUCUUUUUCCAUGACACAAAGGGUCACCUAUUUUUAAAGUAGACUAAGAAUAAGCUACGCUCCAUGAUGCAGGAGCUGGUAAAUUAUGACAGUAAAAAAAUCUAAGUUGUAGAAACUUACUGUAGCAAAUGGUGGUUGGUUUUAAAUGGGUAAUUUGUAACCAAUUCAGUUGCUCCAAGUUUAGUAUUAAAAAGUUGGGGGGAUGUGUGUGUGGAGAAUGAAUGGACUGGGGGGGGAGGGAGGUUGAGGGCUUUUGUACUGUAGUUUCAAAUUGAAAUAAUUCCAAUAUAUUUUAUAUCUGUAUGAGUGUAUUUAUGGUUGAGAGGGGAUUUCUUAUUCCUGUGAAAUAUGACAUCAUUAAAGCACUAGGAACAUUAGCAGAUCAGCACUUUCAGAGUUUUCCACUUGUGAUCAAUACAGAUCCGGUUAUCCUGUAUGUGAAGUGAAUUUGGUGCUUUGAACCCUAUAGCAGAAAACUUCUGUUGUCUUGAUAUGUUAGUUUCUUGUGAGCCUUAAAUUAUUAAAUAUUGUAGAUAUACUUCUUUAUAAAUAAUUUUAUUACCUUCCUGUUUCAGAAUUUCUAAAUAAUUCAGUCAUGUGCUUACUGUCCCCACCCUGAAAGUAUGUGCAGCUUUUUUUUUUUUGUAGUUUUAGAGUUUUAUACCUUUGUUAUAUUUUUGAGACUGAAAGUAUCUUUUUUGUCUGCUGUUACUGGUUUCUAUCCAAGUGCACAACAGAUCAAAAGCACGAGGGAGUGGACAGACAUAACAAGAAAGUAGAAUAUCAGUGCAAUAUCUGCAAAACUGUUUUCGUUGUAUGCUCCAGAUUACUUUGGCACGUGUAUCAGUCACCUUUAUGUAUGCACACACCACUUGUGUACACAGUUCACUGGUUUUAGUGAUAACAGACUGGGAAUGGAUGGCACCUGAGGAGUCUAACGUGGCACGCCGUGAUACUUCAAUAACCAUUGCGUGGCUUAUAUCUCAGACUGGGAUGGAGAGCAUCAUCUUUCAUGAGAACACAUCCUCGUUUGCUUUUUAUUUCCAAACAAAACCUUCUCAGUGCUGUGGAUUUUACAGUUAAGAUGACGUUGAAGGACGAGUGACACAUUCAUUGUCUUCAUCAGCGUGGCACAGUUUGCUAGUGAAGACUGACACCAAGUUGCUCCUUUAACUCAAAGAGCUGUGUUACCUUUUUUCUUGCAAAGGACACCUCUGUUUCCCCCUCAGACUCCUGUUUUAUUGCUGAAGGAUGUUCCAUGCCUUUCCCACACACACAGUGGCACAGCAAGACUAGCAGAAAAAGAAGGCUUGGUUGUCAACGCUCCAGGUUUCUUGUUUAUUUGUUUAUUUAGGUGGGAAGUGAUGCCAUAAUAUGCUGAGAAGCUGCAACAAGACUGACAGGCAAAGUGUCCCGUGCAGCUGCACUCCAGUCUCAGGCAGAUCUCCUGUUUGCUUUGAUGGGAGUUUUUGCAUCAAAGGGAAGUGCAGAAUCAGCUCUCUGGGGAGGCUAAAUCUAAGAUGAAACAAAGAAGUGCUAUAAUUCCCUGUUGCACAUGCUGAGAUCUAGAUCACUGAAGAACUUAAAGCUUUUUGCUC